AUGCUCGCUCAUAUAGGCUGUAGUAACCAGCGUCGGGGUCCAGAAGCCAGUGGGAGAAGAUUCAACCGGAUUCAGCAUGGGCAGUGCACCUAUACUUUCAUUCUGCCAGAACAGGACGGGAACUGUCGUGAAAGCACGACAGACCAGUACAGCACAAAUGCUCUUCAGAGAGAUGCUCCUCACGUGGAACAGGAUUUCUCUUCCCAGAAACUGCAACAUCUGGAACAUGUGAUGGAAAAUUACACUCAGUGGCUGCAAAAACUUGAGAACUACAUUGUGGAAAACAUGAAAUCUGAGAUGGUGCAGCUGCAGCAGAAUGCUGUGCAGAACCAUACCGCCACCAUGCUCGAGAUAGGGACCAGCCUCCUCAGCCAGACAGCAGAGCAGACAAGAAAACUCACGGAUGUUGAAACCCAGGUGCUAAAUCAAACAUCCAGACUUGAAAUUCAGCUACUGGAAAAUUCACUGUCAACGUACAAGCUAGAAAAACAGCUGCUACAACAGACACAUGAAAUCCUGAAAAUUCAUUUGAAGAAUAAUUUACUUGAGCACAGAAUUUUAGAAAUGGAAGAAAGGCAUAAAGAGGAGCUGGACACUUUGAAGGAGGAAAAAGAGAACUUACAAAGCUUGGUCACACGACAAAGCUACGUAAUCCAGGAACUAGAGAAGCAGUUAAACAAGGCAACAAGCAACAACAGUGUCCUGCAGAAACAGCAGCUUGAAUUGAUGGAUACAGUUCACACUCUAAUCACCCUCUGUUCCAAGGAAGGAGUUUUACUAAAGAAUGCAAAAAAGGAAGAAGAAAAGCCUUUCAGAGACUGUGCGGAUGUAUACCAAUCUGGUUUUAACAAAAGUGGAGUCUACACUAUUUAUAUUAACAAUGUGUCAGAUCCUAAAAAGGUCUUUUGCAACAUGGAAAUUGCUGGAGGAGGAUGGACGGUUAUACAGCACCGAGAAGAUGGGAGUCUGGAUUUUCAAAAAAGCUGGAAAGAAUACAAAAUGGGUUUUGGUAGCCCAUCAGGUGAACAUUGGCUGGGAAAUGAAUUUAUCUUUGCAAUAACAAGUCAGAGGCAAUAUUCUCUAAGAAUUGAAUUAAUGGACUGGGAAGGAAACCAGGCAUAUUCACAGUAUGACAGAUUUCACAUAGGAAAUGAAAAGCAAAAUUACAG